GAAGCCUUCAACACAUCAGGUCGCAGCAUGCCUGGAGAGGUGCCAGAAGCCCUGGGCUGCACGCAAUGCCUAUUUUGAAAGCAGAAAGAAGGUAACCGUGGUCAUUUCUGUUGGGCUGGUGCCAGCAUCUCCUCAGGGGUUCCUGUGGCUGUGUGUCGUGGUGGGUGCCGCUGCUUCUGCUCGGUGCUCAGAAGCCCCCAGAGAGGGUGCCGGCUGUGUGGAGCUGCUCCCUGGCAGGCGUGCCACAUGCUAGCGUGGGCCUCGCAGCACCCCGGGGCUGCCGGCCGUGCCUCUGCGCCUCUCAGGCCCUCCGCUCUGUCCCUCUUUUCCUUGGUGUCAGGAGGUAGCUCAGAAGCUGCAGUUUCUGUCCGCCAUCCCUACUCUCUGCAAGGCUUCUCGCAGAGACUUCUCCACGUGGCAGUCCUCCACUUCUGCAGAGCUGAGCUGACAGAGCAUCUCACGGCGAGGGGACGCCCCGCAGGCCUGGGGACGAGGGCAUGCCGGUGGGGCACUGUCAUGCCAGUAAGGACAGGCCAGGGGGAGACCUUCCCACCUCGGGUCUCCAGGAGCCCCUGAGAAGCCCUGCGAGCGGAGCCCUGGGCGACGAGGAGGGGGUGGCUGUGCUGGGGGCCCCUGGGCUCCGCCAGCCCUGCAGGCUCCUUGUCAGGCGCUGGCGGUUCCGGUGGCCCGUCACAGCUGCGCUCUCCAGGCGCUGCUCUGCGAAGAGUCCACUCAACGCCUGGACAAUGCAGUGAGGCAGCAAGUGAUGCUCACCGUUGUUGCCAUGAGUGAAGCGAAGCUUCAUGUGAGGGGCGAAGUGCAGAAAAGGCUUCUGUACGCCUGCUUCUCCAGUGUAUUCCAGCUUCCUCCAGAAGAGGACGUGGCAAACCUGGAUGCUUCCCUCUACUCCAGGACCAUGGAUGUUAUGGAUAACAUGCUGCAGUUGCUGGUCCUCAGACAUCCCACGUCAGGCCUCCAGGAGAUGCAGCACAUCUUGCAGGUCCUGCUGCCGUUCAUAGACUCCCAGCAAGCAGCUACUCGUAAGAGGGCAGUGGUGCAGGUUGCUGGGCUUACCGACUUCCUUGUCAACUGCUUGUCCUUGCUGAAGAACCGAGCUGGCUUCUGCUCAGCAAGAAGCAAGGACAGCAGCUCGGCCAGCUAUGGAAACCUGCGUCUCUCCAUCAUGGGGAAACUGGUGGGAUGUCUUGCCUUCUGCUGCACUUACAAGGACGAGGGGACCAGUCGCGGAGCAGCCGAUGCCCUGCAUCACUUGCACAAGUUCCUGCUGCAGCAAAGAAGCAGGGAAGUGACCCAGGACAGCUGCGAGCAUCUGGAGCUGCAGGAGGAUCGGGAAGUGGCCAAUGUCUUCUGGGUUCCACAGCCCAUCGGUGCUGUGGAAAUCACCAUGCUAUUUAAGAAAUUUCUCCAGCCCUCUGAGAUGUCAUUAUCGCGGCCAUCCAGGGCAUGACAACCUCCAGCACCUAUGAGACACAGGCAGCCGUUCUCGUGCUGGAUCUGAUCGUGCCAGAUGAUGCCUCCCAGCUGGAGCAUGUGCCAGGCAUCGUGAGCUGCAUCUGCACCAGCCUGAUGUCCAUCAGAGACGUGUCUGCCCAGCAGAGCCUACACAAGACCUUUGUCCAGCUCACUUGCAUGGACCCCAGUGAGAUGGUCAAGAGCCUCUUGUGCCACUCACCAUAGUGCAACAGGAGUCCAAGUGCGUGUCAAAACUCUCCAUUCGCCUCUUCCCCAAAGUGAUGGAGCUCAUAGUGGGCUCUGACAAAAGGCAGAUGGAGAAGCAAGUGCAAGGCAGCCUGUUGCUCUUAUACUUCCACCUGCAUGAUCAGAUCCAGAGCGUGGCUCAGGCCUCCCAGGAAGCUCUCCUUCAUGCUGCCAAGCUGCUCAGGUGGGAGCAGCUCCAGUAUCUGUUGGAGACGGCACAGACCUGGAGGAUCAGUGAGUGCUUGCUUGCCGGGGACAGCAGCCGAGCAGAAGAGUAUCUGUGCCAGAGCCUGCUGUGCUUAGAGAACCCCCAAGAGUCCUUAUGAGAAGAGGCCCUGAGGGUCAUUGCACUUGAAGGCAUGGAGAAGGACAUCCGCCCCUCCAUCCGUUGCCUGGCAGCUCAAACAAUCUUCAUCCUGAGAGCUCAGAAGAGGUCUUCCUCCAGAGGCAAUGGGAAAGCCGUCCGCUACAGGCCGAGGAGAGCCUCGAAGAGAUGGUGCUGGCCUCCGGGCGACGGCUGCGUUUGCUGUGGGAGCGCUGCUCAGUCCUGAGCCUGCGGUGCUCCGAGUUGUCCCUGGCACUUCUCCCUUCCCUGCACUUUUUCCAGCGAAGCAACCUUGUUUCUUCACUCUGUCUGGGUGUUGUUUCUUUAGGGAGACAGCUGGUGGAAAACAGCUCUCCCGCACCUAUGCUCUCACUGCCUCAGCAGCUCCUUUCCUGCCUCCACCGUGCUGGGCCCGUGGCCGUUUGCAAUCCCAGUGCAAGUGCUCCCAGGCCCUGAGCCCUUCAGCCCCAAAUACCCAGCUUCCUUGUGGGGGCUUAGGUAGGCACGCGCAAGAGAGAAAUGCUCCAUCUCCCACCCUGCGUUGAAAAAGUACCAGACCAGUGAUCAUUUUGCAGCUUCUUGAAACCCUAACAGCUAAUAUUAAUACUAAAAGGUCUUCUAUUUCAAUAUUUCUAUUAAUUUGUCUUUACUAAUAGUCUUCUAUUUGUUUCAUGAAUAUUUACAUCAUUUCAUUAAAGUUACCCUUUUAAUUGACAUUUAAUUUUCAUUACAUAAUCACAGAAUC